AACAAUGCUUGGAAUUGAGGAGGCCAUGAAGCACAAAACAUCAAAAGUGGAUCUUGUCCAGCUGAUAAACAAGAAGGAUACCGACCUUAGGGUGAUUGCAUUGUUGGGGAAAGGUGCUGAUCUCAGGCAGACAUCGAUCAUCUGGACAGCUUAUGAGAAUGAAGAGGUCAAAAAAAAUUUUACAUGCCGAGCAUGGGUGAGGGUGAUGCAUCCUUUUAAUCCAGAAGACUUCAUUCAAAGUUUGGUGGAGCAGUUCCACACAUCAGGGCAAGAGUUGGCUGAUGAAUUCAAUGGAUAUGUCAAUGGAAAGAAGUUCUUGAUUGUGCUUAAUGACCUGUCAAGAAUUGAAGAGUGGAAUCGGGUUAAGAGGUGUUUUCCAAGCAAUAAUAAAGGGAGCCUCAUAAUAGUGUCCACAAGGCAAGGUGAAGUUGCAAGCUUAUGUGCAGGACAAGAAAGCACGGUAUCAGAGCUCAAGAAAUGUUCCUUUGAUCAAAAUCUUUAUGCAUUUUAUGAGAAGGGUUCUCAAGAUGGAACAGAUUUAACGAAGGCUGCCAGGUCAAGCUCAAGAAAUGCCAUCACCAAUGGUACAUACUAUUCUCAUUCUCAGGAUGCUGAAUGGAAUCGUUCAACCAGUAAGAGCUACAGUCGUGCCAUGACCAUGGCGAUUUCUCUAGAGGAAUCACAUAUUGUUGGUCGAGAUACAGAGAUAAAAAAGAUCAUCGAUCUAAUUUUGGAUAAAGCUGGCCAACAACUUAAGGUGAUCUUUGUGUGGGGAAUGGGUGGCCUGGGGAAAACUACACUGGCCAGAGAUGUCUAUCAGGAGAUCAGUGGCAAGUUUGAGAAGCGUGCAUGUGUCACUAUCAUGCGGCCUUUCAUUCUUGAGGAACUCUUUAAGAGCUUAGUUAUCCAACUAAAUGCAGAAACUUCUGAAAAGAAGAAUGUAGUAGGUUUGUUGGGUAGUACAAAGAUAACAUCACCACCGGCAAUUUCUCUUUCAGAGUUGACCAAGGAGUUGGCCAGGCUUAUAGAAGAAAAGAGUUCCUUGAUUGUUCUUGAUGAUGUGUCAUCUGUUGCAGAAUGGGACCUGAUAGUGCAAAGAUUCCCUAAAAUGGCAAAAGGAAGCCGGGUCCUAGUCACUACUAGGGAAGAGAAUAUUGCUAAGCUUUGUUCAGUGCAGAAGGAUUAUAUAUAUAAACUAGAAGCUCUGAAAAAAGAGCAUGCGCGGGACCUGUUCACGAAAAAGGUAUUUAAGGAGGCUGUAUAUCUGGAUGAGCAAUAUCCUGAGAUGGUUGAACAAGCUGAAUUGAUCCUUAAGAAGUGCCGUGGGCUUCCUCUUGCAAUAGUAACUAUAGGUGGGUUCUUGGCAAACCAACCAAAGACAGCUGUGGCGUGGAGGAGAUUGAAUGAGAAUAUUAGUGCUGAAUUGGAGACAAAUCAAGAGCUUGGGACCAUAUUAGCUGUCCUCACUAAAAGUUAUGAUGGUUUACCAUAUGAACUGAAAUCUUGUUUCCUGUAUCUUCCCAUCUUUCCUGAAGACUACAAGGUUAGCCGGCGACGUUUGGUGCGGAGGUGGACUGCGGAGGGUUACUCAAGGGAGGUGCGUGGCAAGUCCGCAGAGGCAAUAGCAGACAACUACUUCAUGGAUCUUAUAAGCAGGAGCAUGAUCUUGCCACACCAACAAUCAAUUCAUAGUAGAAAAGGAAUUGACGCCUGCCAUGUCCAUGAUCUCAUUCGUGAAAUUGGCGUCUCCAAGUCAAUUGAAGAAAAUCUUGUGUUUAGGCUGGAGGAAGGUUGUAGCCUGAACACCCAGCACACAGUACGUCACCUUGCAAUAAGCAGCAAUUGGGAGGGAAAUCAGAAUGAUCUCGAGAGCAUAGUAGAUAUGUCUCGCGUACGAUCAAUAACAGUUUUUGGAAAGUGGAAAUCAUUUUACAUUUCCGAUAAGAUAAGGUUACUACGGGUGCUAGACUUGGAAGGCACCUCAGGUGUAUUUGAUCAUCACCUUAAGGACAUUGUGAAGCUUCUUCACCUAAAAUACCUUUCUUUAGGCCUCGUUCGAGGAUGCACUCCUAUUUGUCACCUGCCAAAUUCUCUAGGAAACCUAAAACAACUUGAGACACUAGAUGUCAGAGGUACACAAAUAGUCAAGCUGCCUCAUAGCAUCAGAAAACUUCGGAAGCUAAACUAUCUUCGUGCUGGUAAGGAAACCAUAGAUGAGGACAUCUCAUAUGAACAAGUUGUAGAGGACUUACCCAUGGUGAUGAGGAACAGUCCAUGCCUUUUGACUGUCUCCUCGAUGAUACUCUGUGCACGUUGCAUUGCAGGCUCAGAUCCUAAUGGCAGCAACCAUCGUGACUUGUGCACUGCCUUUUGUUGUGUGGCCUUCCCCGUUGUUUCCAUGAAGCUGGACGCACAUGGCGUUGUGGUACCAAGAAGGGUGAGGAAACUGAAAGCCCUGCACACACUAGGUGUGGUGAACAUCUCACGGGGGAGGAUCAUUCUUCAGAACAUAAGGAAACUCAGUGGGCUGCGAAAGCUAGGAGUGACUGGCAUCAACAAGAGAAACGGUCAAGAGUUACGGUCGACGGUUGCUCAUCUCAGUCGCCUGGAGUCCUUGUCAUUGCGCUCAGAGGGGAUGCCUGGAUUAUCUGGCUGCUUGGAUGGCAUUUCCACUCCUCCAGAAAACCUGCAGAGCCUUAAGCUGUAUGGCAACCUGGUCAGUCUGCCUGAAUGGAUUCAAGGUCUCAGAAAUCUCGUGAAGCUGAAGCUACGCAACUCCAGGAUACUGGACCACAGUGCUGCCAUUCAGGUGCUUGGGAAGCUACCAAACCUGGCCAUCCUGUGUCUAUGGAUGAAGUCCUUCGAGGGUAAAGAGGUCACAUUUAGUUUCAAUCAGCACGCAUUCCCGAGCUUGGUGGUGCUGCACCUGGAUCGGCUAGAUGCCCUCAAAUUACUGGAUUUUUCGAUGGGAGCAGCACCUAAGUUUGAGGUACUGCAGCUUUCCGAAACUUACAUUCAAGGUUGUAAUGGGCUUCUAAACCUGCCAAGGCUCAAGGAAGUUGUGCUCAAGGGAGGAUACACGUCCGUGGACGGAUUGCGUGCGGAUCUUGUCGAGCAUCCAAACCGACCCGUUGUCAAGUUGAACUGAGCUUUAGCUGCAGAGUUGAUCCAUCUAGUUAAGUUGGUAUUGUUGUCUUACUAUUUGAAUGUGUGCGUCAUGUAUGUAUUGUUGUCUCCUGUUGGUGCAUGAAUCACGUAUGCAGCCAUUGUGGUAUUAUCUCGAUUAGGUGCAGACUAGGGUUGUAAGACCGAGAUUGCGGUAUCUCGAUAUUGAACUUGUCUCUGACCAUUGAUGGUAAUGAACUAAUGACACUACAUGUUUA